UCCCUGGAGGAUAAUAGAUGACUGCGGAGGUGCUUUCACGAUGGGAGCGAUCGGAGGUGGCAUUUUCCAAGCUAUCAAGGGGUUCAGAAAUUCCCCAGUGGGUGUAAACCACCGGCUGCGGGGAAGUUUGACAGCUAUUAAAACAAGAGCUCCGCAACUGGGAGGUAGCUUCGCUGUCUGGGGAGGUCUCUUCUCCAUGAUUGACUGCAGUAUGGUCAGAAUGAGAGGGAAAGAAGAUCCGUGGAAUUCAAUCACAAGCGGAGCCCUGACUGGAGCCAUAUUAGCUGCAAGAAAUGGACCUGUUGCCAUGGUCGGAUCUGCUGCGAUGGGAGGAAUUCUCCUAGCUUUAAUCGAAGGAGCUGGUAUUCUGUUAACAAGAUUUGCCUCCACACAGUUUCCCAACGGCCCUCAGUUUUCAGAUGACCCCUCCCAGUUGCAGCCCUCUCCAUUUGGCGACUACAGGCAGUACCAGUGAUUAUCCUCAUUCUCCUAGUCCAUGUCGUACCCGGGCUGUAAUUUAAAAUGCUGGAGGACCGAGAUGUGGUAUGUCUUUACACCAGUGGUAGUCUCUUACACAAACCAUGCCAAGAGGACCUUCAGCACACUUCAGCGUAAAGCUGCACAGGAGAACUUUCAGAAGAUGACAGAUCUAUUUAUUCAUGAUAGAUUCCAUUGCUGUAGUGUUGAUACAUGUCUGAUAGAAUACACGUUGAUUUAAGACAAGGACCA